AUGUCGUUAGCUACUUUCGCUAGGACGAGACUUCCUUUAAUUUUUAGACAAACCUUUUCCCCAGUUAAGCUUGGAUAUCCAAAGCCAAGCUACUUAUCGCACACCGCGUCGGUUCGUUACUUUGAAACCUUUCCUUCUCUUCAUUCUUUAACCGAAGAAGAAGAAAGUAUCCGCGAUACAGUUGCUAGGUUUGCUCAAGAAAAGAUAUUACCAAAAGUUCAGCACAUGGAUGAGACAGAAAAAGUCGAUCCAAGUGUACUUAAGGGCCUUUUUGAGCAGGGGCUUAUGGGUGUUGAAAUAGAAGCUGAAUACGGUGGUACCAAUAGCUCAUUCAUGUCCGCUGUCCUGGUGGUCGAAGAAAUCGCGAAAGUUGAUCCUUCAAUUAGUGUAAUUUGCGAUGUUCAGAAUACUCUUGUCAAUACAUUAUUUCGAACUUAUGGUAGUGAUCAUUUGAAAAAAAAAUAUUUACCGAAACUUGCAAGUGAUACAGUGGGUUGUUUUUGCCUUUCCGAAGCUGGUGCUGGUAGUGAUGCUUUUGCACUGAAAACGCGUGCUGAAAAGAAAAACGGUCACUAUGUUAUUAAUGGCUCGAAAAUGUGGAUCUCAAAUUCAGCAGAAGCAGAAAUCUUUCUAGUUUUUGCUAAUUUAGAUCCUUCCCAGAAAUAUAAAGGCAUAACGUGCUUUGUUGUAGAAAAGGAUAUGGGUGUUAAAGUUGCAAAGAAGGAAUCAAAGCUUGGUAUUAGGGCUUCAUCGACAUGCACCUUGAAUUUUGAUGAUGUAAAGGUCCCUGAAGAAAACUUACUUGGAGAGGAGUUUAAAGGUUACAAGUACGCUAUCGAAAUCUUGAAUGAAGGUCGAAUUGGAAUAGCAGCUCAGAUGAUAGGUCUAGCUCAAGGCGCGCUUGACCACGCGUUACCUUACUUAUUCCAAAGAAAAGCAUUUGGAUCUUUUAUUGGCGAUUUCCAGGCAAAUCAACAUCAAUAUGCGCAAGCUGCUACUGACAUCGAAGCGGCUAAAUUAUUGACAUAUAAUGCUGCUAGAUUAAAACAAGAAGGAAAAGAUUUUAUUAAGGAAGCUGCUAUGGCCAAACUAUACUCAUCUCAAGUUGCAGAACGGGUUGCGUCAAGAGCGAUUGAAUUAAUGGGAGGUGUAGGGUUUACUAGAGAAUUUCCAGUUGAGAAAUAUUAUAGAGAUGCAAAAAUUGGCUCUAUAUAUGAGGGUACUUCAAAUAUUCAAUUGACGACCAUUGCAAAAUUAAUUGCUGCAAACUAUAAAGCCUAA